AUGUUACAUGAUCAAAUCAAAGAUCCAAGUGGUUUUAUUCAUUCAUGGGUAUUCGAGUUUGAAUUGGCAUUUUUUGACAAACACACAUUUAGUCUGAUCAAACAUUUGAUGAAACAUUGGUGGUGGUUAAGUCUUGUUUAUGCCGUAUUUUAUAUCGUUCUCGUGUUUUUGGGUCGGGCAUGGAUGUCAAAAAGAAAGGACAAAUAUGAAUUACGAAAACCUCUAGUAUUAUGGAACACCGGUCUCACCGUUUUCAGUUUGUGGGGUGCUUGUCGAUGUAUGCCAGAGCUGAUUCAUGCUUUAACACAACAUGGAUUUAUGUACUCUAUAUGCAAUUGCUCAUAUAUGGAAGGUGUUACCGGAUUAUGGGUUUGGUUGUUUAUGGCUUCGAAAGUUCCAGAAACAAUUGAUACACUAUUCAUUGUUUUGAGACGUCAACAGUUGAUUUUUCUUCAUUGGUAUCACCAUGCAUCUGUUCUAGUCUAUUGUUUCUACAGUUAUGCAUUAUUUGCAUCUACUGGUCGUUGGUUUGUUUCCAUGAAUUAUUGUGUACAUACAAUUAUGUAUGGUUAUUUUGCUUUACGAGCUGCUCGCAUCCAUGUGCCUAGUUUUGUUCAAGCCACAAUUACUCUUUUACAACUCAUCCAAAUGGUUCUUGGAUGUGUAGUUAAUCUAAGUGCAUAUCAUUAUAAAACUCAAGGGCAUCUUUGCUCAACAGAUCUCACCAAUAUCACCUUGUCUUUAGCUCUCUAUGCUUCAUAUUUUCUUCUGUUUGCACACUUUUUCUAUGUGACAUAUUUAGGAAAGAAGGAUAUGAAGAAAAAGAGAGAAAAACAGAGUUGA